CCCUGUUUGAUAACAUUGGAGACACGGAGCGGAGACGAGGGCGGUUUAAUUCAGUCAUUAGCUGCUUGUUCUCAAGUAGCCCGAAGAGGAUUAAAUCACACAUCAGUAAAUCUAAAACAUCAACGUUUUUGGACAGCACAUCCCCUCCGCAUCUGCAGCCAGUGCUUCUUCAGUGUUCGUGCUGUCGGGGUGAUGUCAGCAGCCUGUCUUGUGCGUCUGGCAAGGUGCGGUGUGCCCCAUGCAGGUCGCAGUGGGCUACAAAUGGCCCUAGUCCCACUCCCAUUCCAGCAAGACAGCCACCUCCAGUUCACAAUCUCCCGGAGACAUCUUUACUGCCCUUCAGGAAAAAAAUACAGCAACACACGCUUUGAUCCCGACAGCAGUGGCCGCCCCACCACUUGGGAUUCAUUUGGUAUUUGGGACAAUCGUAUCGAUGAGCCCAUCCUGCUGCCUUCUAGUAUCCGCUAUGGCAAACCCAUUCCCAAGGUUAGUCUAUCUAGGGUUGGCUGUGCCUCGCUCAUUGGUCAACGCAAGGAGAACGAAGACCGCUUCCAGGUCUCCCAAAUGACUGAUAACAUCCUCUACUUUGCUGUGUUUGAUGGGCAUGGUGGGCCAGACGCUGCCGACUUCUGUGACAAAUACAUGGAGAAAUUCAUCAAGGACCUUGUGACAAAGGAGGACAAUCUGGAAGUAGUUUUAACAAAAGCCUUCCUUGAAUUAGACAAAGCUCUUGUCAGGCACUUACACUUCUCUCCAAAUGCACCCGGGAUGAACGCAGGAAGCACCGCCACUGUGGCACUUUUGAGGGACGGCAUUGAGCUGGUGGUGGGCAGUGUGGGCGACAGCCGCGCCAUGCUGUGUCGCAAGGGCAAGGCCCAUAAACUCACUGUCGACCACACUCCUGAGAGGAAAGACGAGAAAGAGAGGAUAAAGAAAAGUGGGGGUUUCAUUACCUGGAAUAGUCUGGGACAACCAAACGUCAAUGGCAGGUUAGCCAUGACGCGCAGCAUCGGAGACUUUGACUUGAAGAACAUGGGCGUCAUUGCCGAGCCUGAGACCAAGAGAAUAACGCUGAGCCACGUCCAUGACUCCUUCCUGGCACUGACCACAGACGGCAUCAACUUCAUUAUGAACAGCCAGGAGAUCUGCGAUGUCAUCAACCAGUGUCACGAUCCCAAAGAGGCAGCACAGAGGAUAUCGGACCAGGCUCUUCAGUACGGCACAGAAGACAAUAGCACAAUCAUCGUGAUACCCUUUGGUGCGUGGGGAAAGCAUAAAAGUUCAGAUGCACGUUUCUCCUUCAGCCGAAGUAUCGUGUCCAGCGGGCGCUGGGCGUAGACGGCAGUAUGUUGUAUGAAAAGGUGUGGUCUGUGGACCUUAUUAAUGUGUGCAAUACAAUCGAACAAUGGUGUCCUUGUGAAAACAUUAUAAAGGGUGGGUUUGCCCAAACAAUAAUACCAGAGGGUUACAAGACGUUACUUAGAGUAGCAUGAUAUUUAUUUGCAUCUGAAAUAAGUAGCGGUAAAUUCAUGAUGUGCACUAAAAGCCUUGUAAGCCUCAGGUGCUAAAAGCUGAGAAGUUUCUGAAUGUCAGGCAGAAAUUCAUAACACGAGCCGUCACUUAGCAAACAUGUAGCAUGCUCUACAUGAGCUAAGAUUGUAAGGCUACUGUUUUCAACUGUCUGCCAUUCAGAUGUUUUCUUUGAUCUAUUUAGUGGUUCACAACACCCACAUUUGCACUUAUUUUAUUUUCAAAGUGAAUUAAACUUUUUCAAAAACAUUUUACCAAUUCUUAAAUAAUCAAAAAUAGCAGUCUUAAAUUUUGGACAGUUUUUCAGUGUAAACAUUUGGACUGCAGAAGAAAGUGGGAAAAUAUAAUAAUUAAACUGCAUUAAUUGAACUCUUGAGAAUACAAAAUUUACUUGAAUAUACUUUGAACCUCAUGACUUUUGAACUAUUUAGAAAACAAGUGUCAUGAGCAAAAAAAGUUCAUUAAUGUUUCCUUUUUUAUCUUGAAGUUCAAAUUAUAUAAAUUAGAUUUUUUUUUUGGCCGAUACUUAGUUCAUGAAACUAUGUACCUUCUAAAUGUAUCUCCAUUUAUAAGGCUUUCCCAAUUAAGGUUCAACACUUAUUUUCUUUGUACUAAAGGGCCACUGAAACCCAUUGAUGACUAAUUGCACAAUUCUAGGGUUGAGGAUAAAUCUUUAACCUGGUGAGCUAGUGGCCUGUGUGAAUGGAGCUGUUUUUAAAUGAAUAGCAUUUCUGAACCUGACAUUUAUAAUAAUAUGAUAUUCAUGUUUAUUGCAAUAUAAACAUUGCUGAAGCUUGUGUAAGUGUUAAUACCUGUGCUGUUUUGAGAGUGGUCUUAUUAGGGCACGAAGACGUGUUCAGGGUACAUAAAUUUACGGUUUAUGUAGUGUAAAUAAUUCUAUUUAUGUACAUCUGGGAAAAGUAUAGUUCUGUUACAUUUACUUAAUUACUCAGCUGAAGAGAAGAUCAUAAUAAUAGUUGCGUUGUGUUACUCUUGUUAAUCAAUAAUUCCUCAUUUCCACCAUGUUUGUGUCACUCAAAGAGCAAAGCACACUUAAUGCAACACUAAAGAAUUGUUCAGCUAAGAGCCAUGUAUGACAAUGUGAAUGUUUGCUUGAAUGCCCUCCAUGACUAACAGAUAUAAUCAAACCAUGUAGGGUAUAGGAAUAAUUAAGCUGUGCACAUCUUGGCUGACAUAAUGUGACGUAAUUUAUGGCAGAAUUAAAGGUGCACUGUGUCAAAUUUAGUGGCAUCUAGCAGAAGGGGCUUGGUCAUGUUGCACCGCCAUGUUUUUUGCAUUAACUCAGAACAGACCAACCAAACAUUUUGGGUUGCAACAUUCAGUCGGUUGCAAUCUUCAACCUCGCCACUAGAUGCCAGUAAAUCUUACCCACUGGUCCUUUAAACCAUGAUCGACUGUACAGUUUUUGUUCACUGUUGGUAUGAUCUUUUGUUCUGUGGUUGUUAAAGUUAGACAAUUGCAACACCUCAUAUUUAUCAGCAUCUUUCUCCUACCUGUGAGACAUACACAUGUUGUGUAGCUAUCAGUUAUUCCUCAAACAGCAUUUAUCAGUGUUUUGUAAAUAAGUUUAUUUUUUUCCUUCAUCCACCUUUUUGAAUAAAACCUUGAUUUUCUUAUGGGGACUUUCUCUAUAUUCAUAACACGUCCUGCUUACAAGCCUUCACAUCUGUUCAACUUAUCUAUCGCCAUGUAUUCAAUUUUUCUUUACUGUGUUUUGUUUCACUGCCUUUUCAAAUAUAAUCACUGUAGCAGUGGAUUUGUACCUGGGACCUAAAUGUGACCGUGUAAACAACACUGUUAGUACUGUAUUUUUGGUCUAAAUGGCUUGUGACACUUCAAUUAAAAAAUUGUUC